AUGAGGUGGUACGAGUGCGCUGUGAGGGCGGCCAGUUCAGGUGAGAGACGCUCCCGCGCCCCAUCCAAUCCUUAUUGCUUCAACCGCCGAUCGGAUCGGACCUACUCGCGGCUAACGUUUCCCGCCGCCGACUCCAUCGACGAGUCGUCCGUCACCGGCAUCCCGUCCGUCGGCGUCCUCUUCACCGUGGUAUACAAGGCAGACGCGCGCACCGGCCCGUGUCUCCCGCUCAGGCCGUGGUGGCGAGUGACGAGCCUCUCCCACUUAGGUCGUUCUCAGGCCCAGUCUCCCAACGCCAGCGUCCCAACGUCCAACGUCCCCCCGCUUGUCGCAAUUGUCACCAUGGCGGAGCUCGACGCUUUGGACGUCAUCGUCCUCGCCGUCAUCCUGCUCGGGACGGUUGCCUACCUGACUAAAGGCAAAUACUGGGGCGUUAAGAAGGACCCCUAUACCACCCCUCUCCCCGGCUCCGCAGCUGCUAAGGCCGGUAGGACACGGAACAUUGUUGAAAAGCUAGAGGAGUCAGGCAAGAAUUGUAUCAUCUUCUAUGGAUCUCAGACGGGCACCGCCGAGGAUUAUGCCUCGAGACUCGCCAAGGAAGGCAAAAGCCGUUUUGGUCUCGAGACAAUGGUUGCUGACCUGGAGGACUAUGACUACGACAACCUCGACGCUGUGCCAAGCGACAAAAUCGUCAUGUUUGUCCUCGCGACCUACGGCGAGGGGGAGCCGACCGACAACGCCGUCGAGUUCUACGAGUUCAUCACCAGUGAGAAUCCGGAUUUCUCCUCGGGCGAGACGGAGAAACCUCUCAAGAACCUUCACUAUGUUGCCUUCGGUUUAGGGAAUAACACGUACGAGCACUACAACGCGAUGGUUCGCAACGUCGAUAAGGCGCUGCAGAGACUCGGUGCCAGCCGUAUCGGCGAGGCUGGCGAAGGUGACGACGGCGCUGGUACCAUGGAGGAGGAUUUCCUGGCUUGGAAGGAGCCUAUGUGGGAGGCCGUGGCCAAGAAGAUGGGUCUCCAGGAACGUGAGGCUAUCUACGAGCCCAUCUUUGGUAUUGUCGAAAGGGAUGAUCUCACUCGCGAUUCCCCUGAGGUCUACUUGGGCGAACCUAACAAGAUGCACCUCGAUGGCGAACCCAAGGGUCCCUUCAAUGCGCACAACCCGUACACUGCUCCCAUCCAGAAGUCUUAUGAGUUGUUCAACUCGAAGGAUCGCAACUGUCUGCACAUGGAAAUCGACAUCAGCGGCUCGAAUCUGACCUACCAGACUGGUGACCACAUUGCUAUCUGGCCUACCAAUGCCGGCCAGGAGGUCGAUCGCUUCCUUAAUAUUUUCGAUCUCGCCGACAAGCGUCACACCGUCAUCAGUGUUAAGCCCCUGGAGCCCACAGCCAAAGUUCCCUUCCCUACUCCGACUACGUACGAUGCCAUCGUCCGCUAUCACAUGGAAAUCUGCGCUCCCGUUUCUCGCCAGUUCGUGGCCACUUUGGCCGCCUUUGCUCCCGAUGACGAGUCGAGGGCUGAGCUCACCAAACUUGGUAACGACAAGGAUUAUUUCCAUUCCAAGGUCACCACGCAGUAUCUGAAUAUUGCGCGUUUAUUGGAAAUUGUUAGCAAGGGCAAGAAGUGGUCGAAUGUCCCGUUCUCGGCUCUCAUCGAAGGUAUCACCAAGUUGCAGCCUCGGUACUAUUCCAUCUCGUCCUCAUCCCUGGAACACCCUAAGCUCGUCUCCAUUACUGCCGUCGUUGAGUCACAGGCUCUCCCAGGUCGUGAGGAUCCCUUCAAGGGUGUCGCGACCAACUACCUCUUGGCGCUCAAGGAGAAGCAGAAUGGCGAUGCCAGUCCUUCUCCUUAUGGAUUGACUUACGAGAUCACGGGUCCUCGCAACAAGUACGAUGGCAUUCAUGUUCCGGUUCACAUUCGUCAUUCCAACUUCAAGCUUCCGUCCGAUCCCACGAGACCCAUCAUCAUGAUUGGUCCUGGUACUGGUGUUGCACCCUUCAGAGGCUUCAUCCGUGAGCGGAAAAAGCUUGCCGAGAAUGGCCAGACUGUUGGCAAGAGCAUCCUGUUCUUUGGUUGCCGGAGAUCCACCGAGGAUUUCAUGUACCAGAAGGAGUGGGAGGAAGUCAAGCAAGUUCUUGGUGACAAGUUUGAGCUGGUUACUGCCUUCUCUCGUGAGGGUUCGAAAAAAGUUUAUGUCCAGCAUCGAUUGAAGGAGCGCUCCAAGGAAAUCAAUGCCCUUCUGGACCAAAAGGCAUUCUUUUAUGUCUGCGGUGACGCUGCCAACAUGGCUCGUGAAGUCAACGCUACCCUGGCCCAAAUCUUGGCCGAUGAACGGGGUAUCUCUAAAUCCAAAGCAGAGGAGAUUGUCAAGCAGAUGAGAGCUUCCAAUCAGUAUCAGGAGGACGUAUGGUAA